CUUUUUUUUUCUCUCUCUUUUUUUUUAAAAAGAAAUGAUGAGUAAACCUUUUGAUGGUAAGAAAGAUGACUCACUUGGGUUACAUAGUGCUGCUAUGAAUGGCAAUGUGGGUCUUGUCAAAUUUGCACUUGACCAUGGUGCAGCCAUUGAUUCUGUUGUAAACGGAUAUAUGCCUUUACAACUUGCCUGUAUUAAUGAGAAUCAUAUUGCAGUCGUACAGUAUCUCAUUGAUCGAGGUGCUGAUGUCAAUGCUCAGAGAUGGUCCAAGAAACACAGUACAGAUAAAUCACAAGCAGUGGCAGGUGCAACAGGCUCUACAGCACUUCAUGUUGCCUGUGCAAAUGGAUGUACAAAAAUAGUCGAUUUGUUACUAAGAAAUGGAGCUAAAAUCAAUGUCAGAGAUAAAUAUGGUUCACGCCCUAUUGAUGUGGCUGCUGCUAAGCAUCAUACAGAAAUAGUCAAGUUAUUAGAGACAUUUGGAUCCAUGCAGAUCAUGUUGAAAGGAUUACAGGAAGGCCAGAAUAAUGUACCUGAAGCAGAAAUCAGCAGAAGAUCCAUGGAUGCCUCUCUUUAUCAAAAACGAGAAAGAUUACGUCGACCUAGUUUACCGAGUGUGUUUGAAUCACUUACGAUACCAGAUAUAUCCACGUUACCCAUAGACAACAAAGAAGAUUGGUAUAGUUAUGGCGUUGUCAAUCGUUAUGAUGAUGAAAACUAUUUAGCUUCACUAGAAAGAAGAGCGUAUGGUUUACCAUCACCCAAUGAAGAAACAGCAGAACCACAACCACUGAAACGAUCAAGUUCAACAGAUGGCCACCAUUUACGUGCUACUGCACUGAUGAAUGCCAUGGCAGCCAAUACUUUAUCAACACAAGAUGAUGAAUCCAAUGUGAUCCCUGUGGAUGAUGAACCUGAAGAAGAAGAAACCAAAAAGUCUUGGUGGAAUCCUACUUCAACCAGAAAAUCAAUUGAUGCUUAUUAUCCAACAGGGCGUCCUUCACUUGAGAAAGGAAGAAAUAGCCUUGAUUUUAGACCAAGUUUAGAUAGUCUAUCUCAAUUGGCCAAGAAGAGCAUUGAUGGUCUAUCUCGUAAAAGUAUUGAUUUUGAUCAUAUACCUGAAAAAGCCAAUAACAACAAUAACCGCGGUUUCUUUAAAUGGUGGUCCACACAACAAAAUAAGAAAUAAAU